AAAUAAAAGUCACAUGACUUAGAAAUGGCAGCCUCCUAAGGAUCAACAGCAACAAAUCAUCAAACAAUGCAUUUUAAACAUUGUCUUGGUUAUGCAUUAAAACAGCAAAGAAAUUUUAAAUGCAGCCAUUUCUUUCGACACUUUUCCACUGCUUCAACAAGAUUUAGUUCAAAAGAGUCUUCAAACUAUGAUGUAAUCGUUGUUGGUGCAGGUCACAAUGGACUGGUGUCUGCAGCGUACUUGGCUAAAAGUGGUUUGCGUGUCUGUGUGCUGGAGAGACGUCAUGUCAUAGGGGGUGCUGCUGUCACCGAAGAAAUUGUGCCAGGUUUUAAAUUUUCCAGGGCUUCUUAUGUUUUAAGUUUACUGAGACCAAAGAUUGUAGAGGAUCUGGAAUUAAAGAAAUAUGGACUGAAAGUUUACCUUCGGAAUCCUAGUUCUUAUACACCAUUGUUGGGGAAAACAGGUCCAGGUUCCUCCCUAACUCUUGGACCAGAUCACGCUGAGACUUACCGACAAAUUGCACAAUUCUCUGAAAAAGAUGCAAGAAAUUUUGUUGAGUAUGAGAAACAGCUGGAUGACAUUGUAACAGCCAUUGACCCGCUGUUGGAUUCUCCACCCCCGUAUCUUCCAAGUUUGACCAGUGGAAAACUAAGAGAAACACUGAAAACAUUACCAGCUAUCAAAACUCUGCUAAAAUCCUUGAAGACGUUAGGAUCAGAUGGUGACGCUUUCUAUGAAUUAAUGACUGCCCCCACAACAAAGAUUUUGAAUAAAUGGUUUGAGUCAGAGCCUCUUAAAGCCACACUGGCCACAGAUUCUGUGAUAGGAGCCAUGAUGUCCCCAGAGUCACAGGGCAGUGGAUAUGUCCUUCUUCAUCAUGUAAUGGGCAGUUUGGAGGGAAAGAAGGGAGCAUGGGGUUAUGUUGAGGGGGGUAUGGGGGCAGUGUCGCAGGCCAUCUGUAACUGUGCAAUGGACCAUGGAGCUGAUAUCUUCACAAGUAUGCCAGUGAAAAAAAUUCUUACAAAGAAUGAUGCAGUCCAAGGAGUCGUAUUAGCUGAUGGCAAAGAACUUCACUCCAAGGCUGUGAUAUCUAAUGCUAGUCCAAAGAUCACAUUUCUUGAUCUCAUCCAAGAGAACAAACUUCCCAGAGAUCUAGUGGACAAUGUGAAAGCUUUUGAUUUUACCUCCCCUGUAACUAAGAUCAAUGUUGCCCUGAGCAGACUACCAGAUUUUACAGCAGAUCCUAAUGUACAGAAGAAUGAACCAAUGCCACACCAUCAGUGUACUAUCCACCUUAACUGUGAAGACACCCAGCUAAUCCAUGAUGCCUACCUGGAUGCCCAGCUAGGAAUGUACUCCAAAAAGCCAAUGAUUGAAAUGGUGAUUCCAUCCAGCAAAGACCCUACCCUAGCGCCCCCUGGUGCUCAUGUUUGUCUCAUGUUCACACAGUAUACCCCAUACCACCUUAAUGGGAAGGAAUGGACAGAACAGGAUAAAAAUUCUUAUGCUGAUAAUGUUUUUGACACUGUGGAGCAGUAUGCCCCUGGUUUUAAGGAGAGUGUUGUGGGAAGAGACAUCCUGACCCCACCAGAUCUGGAGAGGGUGUUUGGAUUGACAGGUGGGAACAUUUUCCACGGUUCCAUGUCCCUUGACCAGCUGUUUAUGACCCGCCCCACGAGUCAGCUGAGUAAUUAUAGGACCCCCUUAAAAGGGCUGUAUCUUGGAGGGAGUGGGGCUCAUCCAGGUGGUGGUGUGAUGGGAUCUCCAGGAAGAUUAGCAGCCCAGACUCUGUUAGCGGACUUCAAAAAACUAUAACUCUCAACAAUUCACAAUGUCAGGACCAGUAGCAGCUCAGACUCUGUUAGCGGACUUCAAAAAACUAUAACCUCAACAAUUCACAGUGUCAGGACUAGUAACAGCUCAGACUCUGUUAGCGGACUUCAAAAAACUAUAACCCUCAACAAUUCACAGUGUCAGGACUAGUAACAGCUCAGACUCUGUUAGCGGACUUCAAAAAACUAUAACCCUCAACAAUUCACAGUUUCAGGACCAGUAACAGCUCAGACUCUGUUAGCUGACUUCAAAAAACUAUAAUCCUCAACAAUUCACAGUGUCAGGACCAGUUACAGCUCAGAUUCUGUUAUCGGACUUCAAAAAACUACAUAACCUCAAAACUUUAUUGAGUCAGGACAACUGUAUAUUGCUAGUAACCCAGAUCUUGUUAUCCAACUUCGAAAAAAAAAAAACUGUUGGUACUUAUACAUGUAGUAACAGAUACUAUUCAGUGUAGAAGUAUAGCUGACAGUACUCACCUGUAAUCUAGCUGACAAUCAAUUUAAAUAAAUGAAACCCUCCGCCUCCCACAUGAAUAUAAUGGCAGUGCAUGUCCAUGUUUUUGCUCUGGAAAAUGCAAAAUAUAUGUCAGAUCAAAAAGUAAAAUAGGAGGUGCACAAUGGCAAUAUUAAUAAAGAUUCUGUGAAAGUUUCAUUAAAUUUCCUUCAGUGGUAUGAGAGGAGUUGUGGAUAAGAGAUGGGUACCCCAAAGCGUAACAGAUGGACAGAUGUACAGACGGAUGGAC